AGCACCACUCAGUCGAGCCGCAGAAUGCAUCUCUGAAUUCUCUCAGUAACCUCUGUACUGCUAUUUACUAACUGUUUCUGAAUUUGAAACUUUGCCUAAAUUGCAAGGAACAACAAGGAGCAGGCUCUUUCUCUCAUUUCAAAGACGUCUGCUGUUCACUUCAGAAUUUAAAAAAAAAUGACUGAGAUUCCUUUACUGAAUGUUCCCUCCUCAAACCAGAGUGGAAACGAGAGCAACUCAAUUACUUGCCCAGACCUGAAUGACUGGUGGGAAAUCGUUUACUAUAUAGUGCCCAAGUAUAUAGACAUCGUCUGUGUUAUCGGAAUGCUUGGAAAUAUAUUCGUUCUCUUCACUUACUCACUGCACAAGAGCUCCCUGAAGGUAGCUGAAAUCUACCUUAUGAACCUAGCCGUUGCUGAUCUUAUCUUCCUCACAUGCCUCCCUUUCUGGGCAGAGAACAUCAGGAAUCAAUUUAACUGGCCAUUUGGCAAUUUCCUUUGUCGUAGCACCAGCACAUCCAUCAGACUAAACCUGUACACCAGCAUCUACUUGCUAGUGGCAGUCAGCGUGGAUCGCUACUUGACUUUUGUCCAUACCUUGAACCACAGAGGGAUACGGAGCAAAACUACGGCCAAAGGGAUCUGCUUGCUCGCCUGGCUCUUCAGCAUCCUUCUCAGCGUCCCAACUUUUAUGUUUCGGACUGUGAUACCCUAUCCCCAGUGGAAUAUAUCAGCGUGCGUUUUAGACUUCCCCACUCCAUUGUGGGGAACAGCUGAAAAGCUGGUAUUCAGCAUCGUGGGGUUUGUGUUGCCAUCUACAGUAAUCAUCUUCCUUAGUUUCUCUACCAUUCGCUCCCUACAAAAACAUGCAAGAGAACGCAGAGCACUCAGAACAAAAAGCUGCAAGGAGCAGAAAAGCACAAAGGCUACCAGGUUGAUUUUCACAGUGGUACUGAUGUUUCUUUUGUGCUGGACUCCUUACCAUUUUUUUGCAUUCCUUGAUAUAUUAUACAAGACACAAGUGAUCGAAGGCUGCUUCUGGGAGGAACUGCUCAACUUUGGUGAGCAGUUUGGUUAUACUCUGGCUAUCACCAAUAGUUGCAUUAACCCUGUGAUUUAUGUCAUUGUUGGGAAAUACUUCAGGCAAAAGGCUUUAGAAGUUUUUUCACAGUUUAUUCCCUGUGGAUUUCCUUUGAGCUGGGCAUCGUUCAAAGAAAAGUCUUCGUAUUUCAACAUGUUUCCAGUCAGGAGUAGUUUAACCUAAUGGUUCUCGAUUCCAUCUUCAUUUGGAUAUUACAACUUAUUUCAAAUGGCAUUAAAAAUGAAUAUGAAUUGCACUGAUCUGGCAUUCACAGACUAAGCUAAUUAUUUAUUGAAGUAAAUCAGUUGAGUGCUUAUUUGUUCUCAGGUUUGCUUUUCUUUUCCUGUUUUAUCUAUCUAAAUGCGUAACAUGUGAUAGCAGAAUUUUAUACCAAAUGCUCUAACUUGUCUUAUCAAUUAUCAGUGACAUAAAAAAAAAAAAACACAACUUCUUUGACAAGAUAUCACAAGACUGUCUUUUUUACGGAAAUCCAUUUUACUGGACUGUGUCUGUAAUGACAACUACUAUACCACCAGUAGUAGUACGCACAAUGUUAUAACAUUUUACAGAGCAAAUAUGAGCUUAAUGUUCAGCUGAUAGCUGCAUUUGAGCAAUUAUAGAAUAGUCUCAGUUAUUUUAAACUAUAUUUUAAAUGGUUUGCACUUUCACAGUAGCAUGAGGAAAAUCUGAAUAAUUUUUUGUGCAUUUCAAAUAGAUUCAGUGAUAAUAUAUUCAGUGAAAUUCAGAUAAAUAUUGUACAAGACAAUGUAGUACAAAGAAAGUGUACACGUGCUGUAAGAAAAGCAAACUGGUAUCCUCUUCAAAAUCUGACUUUUUUCUACCCAGUAAAAUGUUAUAUAAUUACUCAUCAAGUACCUAAAGAUUUUUACUUUUUAUAUAGGAAAAUAUUGGUGAUAGCGAUUGAGAUUGUAUUAUUUUGGAAUAUCUUUCA